UGUAGCCUAAGUGAUGAAUGUAUCAGAUACGCACCGCUGGUAAUGAAUGAUCUUUCCAGUUGCCAAUGAGCUGUUCGAUUUGAGUGCUUUUGCUUUGUGGCAUUUCAUAAAACUGUUAAGUAAUCUCACCAAUCAAUGUUAGUAUAGCAGGGUUGUAAUUUAAAGUAGAGGAUACAGUAUGCUAAAACCUCUGCAUGUAUUCUUUCUCAAUAGUGUUCUCUCGCUUUUCACCCCUCAACACAACACAUAGAGAUGACGAUGGAGCCUAGCUGAUUUCAGCUUUAGACAUUCUUUGUCUGUAAUUCUAUAUACUCUUGUUUGUGUUUUGCAUUUUUACUGUACUUCAGUGCCAUCCAGUUAUGGGAUAUUGAAAAUUGUUCAACAUGCACACAAGCAAAACUUUUAAUUCAAUGUGUUCAAUACUCCUCCCUAUCUGAGAUAUCUACUGCAACCCACAUCCUCCACCCGUUCUGCCAGUCACAUUCUGUUAAAGGUCCACAAAGCUCACACAUCCCUGGGUCGCUCGUCUUUUCAGUUCGCUGCAGCUAGCGACUGGAACGAGCAGCAACAAACAUUCAAACUGGACAGUUUUAUCUCAAUCUCUUCAUUCAAAGACUCAAUCAUGGACAGACAGUUGUGGCUGCUUUGCGUGAUGUAUUGCCUGUACCUUGUUGCCCUUUGUGCUGUUUGUGCCCAAUAAUGUUUGUACCCUGUUUUGUGGUGCUACCAUGUUGAGCUGCAGCCAUGUUGUAUUGCUACCAUGCUGUGUUGUCAUGUGUUGCUGCCAUGCUAUGUUGUUGUUUUAGGUCUCUCUUUAUGUAGUGUUGUGUUGUCUCGCGUGUCGUGAUGUGUGUUUUGUUUAUUUGUAUUUUUAAUCCCAGCCCUGCAGGAGGCCUUUUGCCUUUUUGUUGGCCGUCAUUGUAAAUAAUAAUUUGUUCUUAACUGACUUGCCUAGUUAAAUAAAUGUUCAAUAAAUAAAAUAAAAAAUACAAUAUUCAGUGCAGUGGUUAAGAUACAGCAAUCUCUAUGCAUUUUGUUUCCAUUUUACUCAGUGUUAAUUAUAAAGAUAAAAAAGGAGCUAACUACUGAGCUAUAAACUAUCAUACAUAUGACCUUUUCCUAGGAGUUACAUUGCUGUCAUGGAUUGUUCUGAAACCCAGUACUACUUGAAUGGGAACUGCCACCCUUGUCUGCAAUGUGGACCAGGACAAGAGCUGUCAGAGGACUGUGGUUAUGGAAGUGGACGGUCGGCUUAUUGCAUCCCCUGUAAUGUCAAGACUUAUAAAGAGGGUUGGGGUUACCACUUCUGCAGAUUCUGCCAGUCAUGUAAACGCAUAAACAGGCACCAGAAGUCACUGUGCACCUCUAAAAGCAAUGCUGUCUGUGGGGAGUGUUUACCAGGCUUUUACAGUAAGACACGGAUAAAUGGCUUGCAGGAUUUGGAGUGCAUGCCAUGUGGUCCCUCCUCCACCACUGAGCAGCAGUGCAGCCGAAGCAGAGAAGUUGAUGUGGAAAAAGUCUGGAGCCCAGAAGGUCCAGCCCAUAAUGCUGCUGUUACCGCCACAAUUUCUGUAGCCCUGGUUACCAUGGCAAUCCUAGCUGCUGCCUUGUUUAUAUACUUCAGACAUACCUUACUAAAGAAAAUAUUUAAAGGAUGCCUGGCUCCUCAAAGCACAAGUCAGAAUGACAUGGAGUGUGCAGCAUACCCAGUGAACAGGGUCACAGUGAACCUGGAGCAGGAAGGCCAAGGCUCAGGUGCAUGUGCUAACUCUACCACCACUGCAGAAACAUUGGCCAGACUGCAGUCCAAAGUGGACAUGAUUGUCCCUCUGGGGUCCAUUGUACUAAGCCCUGACCUUAAAACUCAAGACCACAGAUACGUCCUGGAGACCCAGCCGCUGGUGCAGAACUCCACCUGCAGUAACUGCUCAUCUGGGUUUGUCUCUCAGAUAUCCUCUGAGCCGCCCUCAGUAAGUGGGGACGUCCCACUCACAAUGGAGAUCCCUGUGGGUCCAAUAGACAGUGGGGAGUAUGUGGCAGGGUCCUUGUUCCUGCAGAGCAGUGAGGGAUACUGUGCCUCUGAGCUGCAGGAGAGCCCUCUCCAUCAGCAUGUCCCAGUGGAGUGCACUGAGCUAGACUUCCACACCACUGCAGCCUCAACACUGGACCCUGACAGUACUACAGACCCAGACUGUAGCUCUGUGAGCCUGGGGAUUACUGAGAUAUCUGAGAUUAGGGACGGCUCCUCCGGAGACAGGUUAGGAGGAAGACAACUGAGGAGGAGUCCAUCUGACUGCCCAGAGGAGCAAACUGACAGAUGUUGGAACAGCCAUCAACAACCCUGCAACAGCAGUCUGGGAGGCAGUAAUGCGAUGGAAACAGUGAGCCUGCUGAAGAAGUGUAUCCGAAUCAUGCAAGGGGUCCGUCUAGGCAGGCUGCCGCAGGCCUUGGUGGAUUCUCUGGCACUGAAGCUGGACCCAACGUUCCCAGGAGUACAGAACUACCAGCAGGUGGCGCUGAAGAUGGGCAUAUCUCACGAGUUGCUGAAAGACCUGCGCGGGUUUGAACAGGUCUUUCGGUACCUUUCCUCCUGCACUCUGCUGACAGUACCUACUCUGCUCCACACCUUCUAUCUCCUGCAAAGGCUUGACACCCUGCUCCUGCUGUGUGAAUAUGCCCUGCAGCGCUAUGUCACAGGAUGCACAUACUAACUGUUGAUGCUAACAACACUUCUGCCAACACAACCUAGAAGGCUGACAUCAACAGGUUAUAAUAUGAUCAGUAUGCGUACUACUGAACUAGAACCUACCUUGAACAACAUAACUGCUCAAACUCAGAUGUGGAUGUGUAAACAUUUAGGGGUUCACAGCAAAGCUGUAAAACCUAUUGUUAUUAGAUUAUUUGUUUUCCUUGACUUCUUCUCAUGAAAUUUGGUAUGUAGGCGCAUGGUACAUUUCAUAACUUAGUUUGAGAAAAGCUAAGCGAUUGGUUAAGAGAUGGCUGAGUUAUUGUUAAAUCAGGAAAUCCCAUUUACGUGUCCAUUUAAAUCCUUUGUAAAUCCACCCCACAAUGGCCUAUCCACUUGAAUCUUUUUAGAAUAAUCAAAUACAUUACCACAAUGAACCAUGCUACACUUGGAAUUGAUAUCUUAAAAAUAUGAACACUGUUAACAAUGACCUUUUUUGACUAUGUAACGCUAAACUUAAAAUAAUUUUAAAAAAUCUUCUCAUGGACUAAAAGUCAGAUUCACUCCAAAUGUUGUCUUUGGACAGUAGUCCACAAAGCAUUGAGAAAAUAAUGUUGGUUUAAAGAUGGCCGCACUAUACCAGUAGAUUCAUAUUUGAAAUCUAAAUCUCAUGAGCCAUAGGACCAAAUGACACCAACUUUGGAAUGUAGACCCAUGGUGCAUGUCUUAACUUAGUUUCAGCUAACGAAUUGGUCGAAAGAUGGCUGAGUUAUUGACAAAUCAAAAAUCUGAUUUUACGUGUCCAUUUAAACCACUGUAAAUCCACUACAUAGUGGUCUAUCAACGCUAUCAUGGAUGUCCUUGUGGUAUUGAGAGAUAAACAUGGUAAUGCUUUCACUGAUUCCACAUGGAGGAAGAUAGUUCCUACAUGAUAGGGUGCUUGAUUUUUUUAUCCUAUUAAUCUUGAGUCCUUUCUGUCAUUGAGCCUGGUCAGCUAUAUUUGUAUUUUUUAUUCGGAAUAGAUCAAAUGUUAAUUUUUACCUGGUUUCACAUGUAACGUAUGUGAAUGCUAAUGUGACAUAAUUUACUCUAUGUUUCAGAUAUUUUGUCAUGCAUCAAAAGCUAUCCAUGAAAAUGAUGCAUUCAUAUUUGAAAAGUUUGUCAGAAGAUACAUUAUUUUAAAUGCAUACUGUACAAACUAUGUUAAUGUCUGUACUGAAUGAAUGAAGAAAAAGUAUUUCAUUUUGUAUUAGUAUUACUUUUUAUACAUGUUUUGGACUUUUGUAAACAAAACUAAAAUUACAUUCCUAUUCAUGGAAAUGAUGUUGUGAUGUAAUUUGUUAUAAACCUUACUUAAUGAAGAAGUAUAUAGUCAUAGACAAAUUUGAACAGAAAACAUGGCCAGUUGCUGUAUUUCUGCAACACAUAAUUGAAAAGCAGACUUAAAAUUAAGAUUUGCAGAACUAAUUCCACACUACUGACAUUUCUACUAAGCUACCCUUUAGCAAGGAUUUUACAUUGUGUAACAACACAAAUUCUUUUGUUAUGAAAUUAAACUUGAGUUUUUCUCAGCAUUGUUCAUUUACUUUUCCAAACAAGUACAGCAUAGAAUCACAAGAAAUAUCCAUGAAGACAUCACAAUCCACAGUCAAAAAUAAGAAAAAGUGCAAUAAUUAUACAUCUGUAGGAGACUGGAUAUUAUUACUUUUAUAUUGUAUGGUCAAAUUAAGCAAUUUUACUGUUUUACAGUCAUAAACAAGCUGAUGGAGCCCUCUGAUGUUCUCUAUGUGUAUUACAGUAGAUAUCAUGAUUUCAGUGACAUCAAUGAGACAACCAAUUUGUAUUAGCUACCAAAAUCAUAAUGUAUUGUUUACAACCAUACCAAUAUCAAUUGCUUAUGCCGUUUUUUUUGUGUGGUAAAACUGUAAACUGUUACAAAGCUGACUUCCCAGAAAGACCAUCUAAUUUGAGAUUGACAAACAUGCCAUAUGUAAAAUAAAAUGUGUCUUAUUUUGUGAUAUGA